AUGUUAGUUGAUAGAGAUGGUCUUUGGUAUCGAGUGUUGGUGGCGAGAUACGGUGAGGAGGAUGGGAGGUUGGAGGAUGGGGGCCGGAGUGGUUCUUUGUGGUGGAAGGAGGUUAUGAAGAUUAGAGAUGGGGUAGGGGGCGGUGUUGGUUGGUUUAAUGAGUGUGUGGCACGUCGUGUGGGGGAUGGGGAGUCUACUCUUUUUUGGCAUGAUCGGUGGUGUGGUGAGGUUCCCUUUAGGGAGCGGUUUGGUAGGCUAUAUGGCUUAGCGCUUAAUAAAUCUAUAAUGUGGUUACCAGAGCCUUCAGGCGUUUACUCUGUUCGUUCUGUGUAUUAUAUGCUCACAUCUCAGGAGGUACCGCAGGUUACUCAGGUUGACGAUCUAAUUUGGCAUAAUCAGAUAUUUUGUUGA